AUGGCGUGCCACAACAGCCGUGCGCGGCGAAAUGCUUUUUAUCGCGAUCAACCUCAGUGUGGGCGAAAUCGCGAGCCCCAUUGCGACCAGCUACAGGCCCGCGUAGGAAAUACCUACUUUGUUCCUGACGCUGUCGAGGCCUCUUCCCCAGACGCCACUAGUGCUUAUCAGGGACCCCUAAGGUCUUCACAGCAACAGCUUGGAGAGGCUUUUCCUCGUUCGACUUCUUACUCCUCAAAUACUUGGGAAGACGCUAGCGUCGGAGAGCCUGAGCCUUUUGACAGAGAGCAGCGGAGAGCAAAAGCCCUUGACGAAGUUGAAGAACUUCCUUUUCCGAGAUUUCCUGAAGAGUCUACCAAAUUUGCCCCAAAUCUUUGGCGAAGUGGACAAAGGCCAGUAGAAACUAGUGAAUCACUUGUUGAAGCCUUUCCGCCAUUUGAUCCAGCACCUGCGCCUAGCAGUUCAGGAUUUUACUACGAAGACUCACCCUAUUUCAAUCAACCCUCCCCCGGGGCUGCUCCAACAUCUUACUCUUCAUACAGUCCCGUUGUCGCUAAUAAAACACCCCACAGGCCUCCGCCAGCUUCAGAUUCAAACCCGCUAUCUAAUUAUUCCACAAAUCUUCCCAGAUCAAACACAUUCUCUCCGCGCUCACCAUUUUUAUAUAGCCACGCAGCUGUACUCCUCCAACCACCUUCUGAUUUAUCCCGGCCUUCUAACAAGCCUUUCUACGACCCAUUCAAUCAGCCCAAGGACGCUUAUCAAAACUGCCUUGAUACUCCGAACCCGCCCAAGCCAUUUACUAGGAAACCAUCGCUUGGUUUUCAAUCCCCUCCCCAUCCAUUUGCCCGGGGCAACUCAUUCGGCACAGAAAACCAACCCCCCAGGAACCCGUACAACAACCCUCCGCGUCCAAGGAGGCGUCCUAUUUUAAAUCCAACACGCGAUCGUGCCAAAACCUUACCGAGAGCUCACGAUUUCCAAACAUUUGACAAGAGACACAAUUUCAACCCUUUAUAUUUCUAUCCGGGAAACGAACGUCGAUAUAUAAAUAACGAUUCACAACUGAGUCCUUCAAAACCACUCCCUCCUCCACCUCCACACCGCCCACCGCCACGGCCACCGCUGCCACCCAUUUUAGCUCCCCUCGUUCAAAGAUUUCCCGAGGCGAAUGUUUAUGAACCCAAAGAGCUAUCCGCAAAUAUAUUAACCACAUGGGCAGGCGAGCCUGCUGACUAUAACGACCUUCUAAACUACUCCGUACGAUAUUCAAAGCUACCCUUCCAGUCAGCAGCCCCAAUCAAAAGAAAGCCUAGAAGUAUACGCAUUGUCGAAUCUCUGAAAAGAAUUUUUUCUCCAAGACGAAAAUCCAGCGUCACGGAAUUUGCAGUUCCGCCAAAAAUCCAGGUCGACGAAUCUUGCCUCAGCGUACACAACAGGUGGAUUGAAGGGGCGAUCGACCAUACGAACAAAAUUUCUGAGAGGGAAACAAACGUACAUCCCACCAUGGCUUCGACGUAUCUUGACCCUUCAUCGGCUAUGGUGACAAUCACCAAGCAGAAGGCUGAGGCUAUGAGAUUGGCGAAGGAGCAAGGGGCCGCUGUGAAGGAAAUGUGUAGGAGAGCGAAAUCGGAUAUGCCUCCUUAUGUAUUCGAGGAGCUUAUUGGGAAGGGAGCUUAUGGGAGAGUGUACAAGGGUCGCCAAAUCCAUUCACAGAAGGUCGUGGCCAUCAAAGUGCUAGAAAUUGAUACGGUUGAUUAUAAGUCCGUGCGAGAUAUGAAGGACGAGUCGAUCAAGGAUUUCAUCCAUGAAACGAAAGUGAUGAAGCAGGUCAAGGAAGCUGGAGCUAAAAAUAUCAAUAUGCUCAUUGAAGCUUUUUCGAUCCAUUCUCAGCUGUGGCUGGUUUGCGAGUAUUGUCCCGGCGGAAGUGUGAAGACUUUGAUGCGAGCAAUGGGCGAUAAACUAGAAGAACGAUUCAUUAUUCCAAUUGCAAGAGAGCUCGCGGAAGGUCUCAAAGCCAUCCACGACGCCGGCAUUAUCCAUCGUGACAUUAAAGCGGCCAAUGUCUUGAUUCAUGAGGAAGGCCGCUUGGAGAUUUGUGACUUUGGAGUGGCUGGUGUUCUCCAGAGCAAGGUGGACAAACGUACAACAUGGAUUGGGACUCCGCAUUGGAUGCCCCCUGAGAUGUUUCCCAUGAGGGGAGGAGGUGAGAUGCAUCAAUAUGGAAGUGAGAUUGAUGUUUGGGCAUACGGCUGUACCCUUUUCGAAUGUGCUACGGGAAACCCACCCAAUGCAACAUUAAGAGAGAGGAUGCAAAUUGGACGUCAACUUAACAGAUUCACACCGAGGUUAGAGGACGAUAGCUUUACCGAAGGUUUACGCUCACUGGUAUCAUUUACACUGGAUUCGGAUCCUACAGUGCGCCCUACGAUGGAAAAGAUCCUCCAACAUCACUACCUUGCUCACACAAGAGAAUCCCACCCAACAACUUCGCUGAGAGAACUAGUGAAGAUAUAUUACCAAUGGGCUCAACGUGGUGGCCAGAGAAUCUCCCUCUUUAAUCCGGGAGGCGCCAUAGCUUCUGAAUUUCCUGGGGAAGAGGACUCAAUUUCCCAAGAUGAUUGGAACUUCAGCACCACUACUAGCUUUGAGAGAAGGUUCUCUCUGAUAGAUUUCGAUCAGCUUUCUGCGUCAUUGGCAGAGCUCGAGGAUGAGAUAACUCCCACUCCACCCGAGCCACCAAGGGAUGAGUAUGAUGACAGUAACGAUGCCGAUUUGACUGCACAGGAAAGAGCCAACUUUGACGAGCGGGUCAAGAGAGGCGCUGCGGCUAUGGAGGGUAUAUUUAACGAAGAUAAACCGGAUUAUAAAUAUGAGACGAAGAGGGAUUUUGUCCCCGUGCAGCAGCAAAGAUUUUCCUCCGACCUCCCUCUCAGAACUGACACUGACAGAUCCUCUGUUACUUCUACUUUGAUUGACCUCAACCUUGGCGACUAUGAGUCUUCCCAUUAUGCAGCGGGCUCCGCGUCUAGCAACCCCCGAUUCCAGCUCGCAGAUGCCAACACAAUUCGAGCAAAUCGAUCAAGCAGCAAACUUACACGCAAUUCAAACACGAGUAGCGACUCUAGCGACUACCAGCCAGCCCGCGGACCUCGCCCUCCAACGAUGGAAUGGACUUUUCCAUCCUCAAUGUCAGCGGAUGCACAUUACGACGGCAACCACGACGACGACGGUGGAAGCGGACAGCACCACUUCCAGCCACCACAUCAAGAAAAACGAGAUACCCGUGCCUGGACCUUCCCAGUUAUGACAACUGAGCCAGAGGAGUUAUCCGCACACGAGGAACCAGACCAAUGGGGCAGCGGAGUUGCCUCAUCCAAUCGCCUCAGCCACGAGGACGAAAUGGCAAAGCGCUUCCCAACCCUCCAGUGGCCGUCCAACAACCGGCCUAUGGGCUUCGACGGUGCCUCAGACUCUCGGCCAUCAACAGCAACGUCCUAUCACUCCGCAACAUCAGAUGCAGACAACGACCCAUUCAGAUUCGAUAGACCUGCCACCCCGCCCGCAGUCGAAGAUACAGACGAUCUCUCCUCCUCCUGCGACACGUUCCCCUCGAUCACCGACUCAGCCAUAUUCACGGACUUCGACGCUGAUACCGCCCCUUCAUCGCUGAACUACACUGUAUACUCCCGAAACCACAGCCACAAUAACCAUCGUGAUAACGGUGGCAUGAGGAACAGUAACGGUUCACUCGCCGGACCCGGACCUGAUCAUGACACGGCGGUUGAGGAUGGUGGGGUAGAAAGGCCCCAGUGUAGUACAGAGCCUGACACAGGGCAUCUGGAUUUCCCGCAGCCUGUCCCGCCGAGCAUGGAGAGUUUGACAGAGGGUGCGAGUGAUGAGGUCUUUGCGCGGGAGCUUACUAGGUUGCUGGGGGAAUUCUUGAACGGGUUGGCGAUUACGGGGCAGCGGCUUGUUAGGACCGAGGUUGGGAAGAAUAGGGAGGUAAGUGCGGAUGUAAAUGGAAAUGGAAUUGGAAUUGGAAUUGGGAGUGACCAUGAAGGAGGUCGUGGUCGUGGUCUUUGUCGUGGUGACAAUGGUAUCGGGCAACCUGGGCCUGGGCGCGAGGAUUGA